UCAAUUUUCUUUUUUUUCUCUGGAAAAAUCUCGUGUCUUUAUUUACAAUUUAUUCUUGAGUUUAAAUUAAUAGUUAAUUAGUUGUCAGAGAAUUUCAGUUGGUAAAAGUUUGUCAUUCUAAUUCCAAUUAGUGUAAUGGAUCCGAAAGAAUUGGAAAAUGUUGAAUUGGAUUACAUUGAAGUGAAAAGUAUUCUUGACAAUCAUGUAACCAGAGAAUCAACGAGAAAAUUGUUAAUUAAUGAGCUUUCAAGAUUGGAAAAUUUAAAGAAAUCAUUGGCAUCUAAAGAAGUUAAAAAAAUCUCUGUUCCAACACUAUCAGAGACUGAAUUAACUUCGGUGACAAAUUUUGCUUGGGAUCAAAGUGACAAAUUUAUAAAGAUUUAUCUCUCCCUGGACACCAUAAAGGAACCAUUUGAAGAUGAACAGAUUAAGUUAACAUUUGCCGAUGAAAAUUCUGUUAAAGUAAUUUUUGGUCGCUAUAAAUUCACCCUGACCAAACUAUCAGAUAAAUUAAACACCCAAGAAAGUUACUUCAAACGAACCAAAUCAAAGAUCAUAUUAUACUUGAAGAAAAAGAAAGAAGGAAAUUGGUCCAACAUCCAAUACAGUAAACCAGUGACAGUAGUCGACGAAAAGGAAAGACCUGAUGAUAAUGCUGACCCAUCGGCGACACUUAUGAGCUUGAUGAAGAAAAUGUACCAAGAAGGUGAUGACGAGAUGAAAAGGACAAUCGCCAAAUCUUGGUAUGAGGCCCAGCAAAAGAAAGAGAGUGAUAUUGACCUUCCCUAGUGGACACAAAGGGUAGGGACAUUGUUACCCUUUUCCAUUUCCAUUUUGCCAAAUUUUCUCAAUCCCUUCAAUCUACAUUCUACUUCCUAAUCCUACUGUCGUUUAAUGAGCCCUUCAAACCAUUUUCCAUCUUUAAUUGUAACUGAUUGAUCAAUUGAUUAUUUGUAAUUUUCUCGAAAGAAAAUCUUUUGGUUUAAAUUGUUUCAAUCUGAUUACAUUUAAAUAACAAAUUUCUUUCUUUUUUCAAAA